CCUCGAUAGACACACACCGAGUUCUGCAGCUCAUCCGACUACCAGCAACAGCUAGCCAGGCCAAAUAACAACCAAUCAAGCACCAUGAAGUUCCUCAUUGUCCUCGUCUUCGUUGCCGUCUUUGCCGUUGAUUUAGCAAACUGCGCUACAGGAACUACAGGAACUACAGGAACUACAGGAACCUCUCCGACCUCUCCAUCUUCCCCAACAACCACGACCUACACUUACACCACUACGCCCACAUACACAACGCCUACCACUACCGUUACCACCACCACAGCCAAGCCCAUCAAGCAGCAGAUCCUGUCGCUGCUGUUCAACAAGAAGUCCGGAUAGAGAAGCUUCACCGACCAAAGAUGCCGCCUUCCUUGAUAAGCCUCGAUUAAAGAAAUAAAAAACCCAAAAACCAAUAUCAAAACAAA